AUGUCGGAAGAUUCUGCAAUCAUGAACCUGGGAGCUUACAAAGAGAACGCGCCAAACAAUCAACAGCAAGGCAACAAUAAUUCCACGAAGGAUGACAACGCCACGCAGGUUGGCUUAACUUCUGCACAACCUUCGUCUAGUCAUAAUAAAAUUGCCAUUCAAGCGAGUGCGAAUAGCCAACAACCACCACCGCAAACACCGACUUCCUCUAGCCCCACCGGUGCUAGU